UUGGCGUCGGCUUUAAAACAAUAAAAUUUUCUUGCAUAUUUUAAAACUAAAGCAGCUCAAUCGUGGUCGGCGAAAUGCAAUAAAAUGAAGGUCGCGAGAAAUUCCCCCAUCAGUAUUCGAUCUUUCGUAAUAGAAAGCUGACCACAGACAACGCAGAGCCGACCAUACCUAGAUAGCAACGAAGAUGCCGCGCGAGUUGUUAGUUGCCACAGUGGUUGUAGUUUUCAGCUGUGUCGCCGUAUUGGAGGUUACCACGAGUAAAGAAGAGAGUUCUGUUCCGACAGUAGUAAAUCAAUACAAUCAUCACGGACCGGAUGAAUUCUCUUGGGGUUACAGGCUGAGUGAUAACAGAGAUGUUUCACAAAUUAUAACCAAGAAAACUCUGGAAGAUGGUCGAGAAAUUGUCCAGAUCGAGGGGUCGUACAGCCACAUCGGUCCCGAUGGAAAGGAAUACAAAAUGCAGUACUUUGCUGACGAGAACGGAUACCAUCCAAAUGCAAGAACUCCAAUUCUCACCGCGGCUGUUACUGUAACACCAACCAACGCUCAACGCCCAGUACCACAGCAUACACCGCGUCCUACUCCCGCGUACACCAUUGUUCCGGUAGAUCAGACAGAAACAUCAAUUAGUCGGGAUUGCUUGCUGUCAUUAGUUUGCGGCAAAUAAAUGUUCUACCAGCAAACUCAUCAAAUAUUUCACUGUUCGAGACUAUUUAUUGAUA